UUAGAAUUAGAAGGCACAAAGGUAUAUAUAUUUUCGUAAUGCAACAUAAACCGGGUCCACCCGUUUAAACAAACUUGACCCGGUUUGUUUUAAAACCCAAACCGGAUUUGGGUUGGAGGGAACAAUAACAAGAAUAUUACAAUUACAAAUGAAGCUUCAAAAUCUGAAUCAAAUUGCGAAACACGCUCAAUUUCAAUUAACCAGAAACCCUAACCCCCAAUUUCUAAACCAAAACCUCGCACUCCUUGCAAAAUCUCACGAAGACAAUGGCAACGCUUUCUUCAAUCUCUACAACCAAAUGCUCUCUUUUUCCGAUUCUUCAUCUCACAACCACUACACCUUCACCCACGCGCUCAAAGCUUGUUCCUCUUUUCACGCGUUCUCCAAAGGCCUCGAAAUCCACGCGCGUCUCGUCAAAUCCGGUCACAUCUCCGACCGCUUCAUCCAUAACUCGCUACUCCACUUCUACCUUUCCUCCAACGACGUCGUUUCAGCAACUCGCAUUUUUCAGUCAAUUCCUUCCCCCGACGUCGUUUCAUGGACCUCGUUAAUCUCAGGUCUAUCAAAAUGCGGAUUUGAAUCCAAAGCCAUUGAAGUGUUCUCUUCCAUGAACGUGAAGCCUAAUUCGUUAACUCUCGUAAGUGCUUUUUCCGCUUGUUCCAUUCUCGGAGCUCUUAGAUUGGGUAAAGCUAUUCAUGCUUACGGAAUGAAGUUACGGAUUGAUGGGAAUAUUGUUUUUUGUAAUGCUGCAUUGGAUUUGUAUGCAAAGUGUGGGUCUUUGGUGAAUGCGCAUAACGUGUUUGUGAAAAUGUCUAAAAGGGAUGUUAUUUCUUGGACUACUUUGUUAAUGGGUUAUGCACGUGGAGGACACUGUGAUGAGGCUGUUGAGGUUUUCAAACAAAUGGUGGUUAGUGGAGAAGCUGAACCUAAUGAGGCAACCGUUGUGACUGUGUUGUCAGCUUGUGCUUCUGUUGGUUCUCUGAGUUUGGGGUGUUGGGUGCAUUCUUAUAUUGACAAAAGGAUUGAUCUUUGUAUUGAUGGAAAUAUUGGGAAUGCAUUGGUUAACAUGUAUGUUAAAUGUGGUGAUAUGAGAAUGGGGUUGAAGGUGUUUGAUAUGGUUGUUUGUAAGGAUGUUAUUUCUUGGGGUACUGUUAUUUGUGGAUUGGGUAUGAAUGGAUAUGGCAAACAAGCUGUGCAGAUAUUUUCGCAAAUGUUGGUUCAUGGGGUUUUACCGGAUGAUGUGACUUUUAUCGGGUUGCUGUCUGCAUGUAGCCAUGUUGGUUUGGUUGGUGAGGGAAUGAUGUUCUUCAAAGCUAUGAGAGAUAGUUACGGCAUUGUGCCACAAAUGAGGCAUUAUGGUUGCGUGGUAGAUAUGUAUGGACGUGCUGGUAUGUUUGAGGAAGCUGUGGCUUUCAUUAGAGGUAUGCCUGUUGAAGCUGAGGGGCCUAUUUGGGGUUCUCUUCUUCAGGCUUGUAAAAUUCAUGGUAAUGAAGAGACAUCUGAAUGGAUUAGGGGACAACUAGGUGACAAAAAAGUUGGUGUUGGUACUCUUGCUUUAUUAUCUAACAUUUAUGCAAGUUCUGAAAGGUGGGAGGAUGCUGAUAAGGUUCGGAAAACAAUGAGAGGCCCAGGAUUGAAGAAAGUAGCUGGAUAUAGCUGGACUGAACCUGAGGUUAGAUUGGACUCAAGUUUACGUGUUGCUUAGACGGGUCCUUUGGGACGACUAAUGAAGUGUGUAACACUACAGUGGUACCAAACAACGAAAGAAACUCCGAAGGUUGAAUGAGACCUGUGUCGAUAUUUCUCUAUAGUCUCUCUAUACUCAGUUCAUAACUUAGACUUGGUGUGUGAUCUAUUCCAUUAUUGUACAAGUCAAUAAAAUGCUUUGAUUGGCAGCAAGCAGUGGAAUUCGAUGACAAAAGUAUAAGGUAUAAUGUAUAUUCAACAUACAGAAUUAAACUCAAUGACAAGGAUACUCAAUAAGUCAUCUUUUUUGUUCUGGACCCCAAGACUAAUGUCCAAUUUCACCACUUAAAUGUCUAACUUGCCUCUGUGAUGUACUGUAAAAUCACACGAGAGAAUUUGUCGAGUUAUAAAUUGUGGCUGUUUCAUGGGCGCAUCAUACUGUGCAUUGGUGAAAAGCCAGUCAGCUGAGAAUUUGAUACCAGCUUUGAUUUCGAUGGGUGCUUUUCAACUAGGACGGCAAAUCAUUCUGGUAGUGUAGCGCUGCUGCUGUGGUCAUGGUCGUGAUUUGUGUUGAUUUUGGUGGUUCUUUCCCCUAAAUUGCAAUGAAAUUGUUGUUUUAGCCAUUGUAAGGAAUCUAUGAUAACCCUAAGAAAUGCAAGAAAUUGGAUAGAUUGUUCUUGUGGCAACAAAUGUUGAUCUAUCUACUUCCACCCGAGGUUUCACCUACAAGGUUUAGAUAGAAGGGUUCCACAAGGUGCAAGUGCUGGAGGAGUGUGAUAGUUUAGUGAUUAACUUGAUAGAUUGUAAAUAGUUUAUAGAUUAUUUAUUAUAUUUUUAUAUUUCAUGAACCAUGUAAAAGGUAUAGUGGUAGUUUCGAAAUCAAGUCGAAGAUUUAGUCAUUUAUAUUUAACUCAACAUCUUAUUUUACCAUUUUAACACUUAUUUUAUAGUACUUUGACCGUGAUUCAAUUAGUUUGAUUGUUCCCAAGAGAGUUUGCUCCCUAGCAUGAAUCAUCCAAAUCAUGAAAUUAACAUUUGAUGUGGAUCAGUUUCUAUUUGGUUAAGAGUUUGAUAUUAUGCAUCCCUUCAACAAGAAAUGGUUUAAUACAAUGUACUACCAACAA